AUGCAGGACGGUCAGAAACUUCAGAAAUUGUCUACUCUUCCUAAGAAUUUUUCAGAUUGGCAAGUCGGAGACGAUUAUGAAAUUAUUAAACAAAUAGGUUCUGGAUCAUACGGUCAAGUUGUAGAAGCUUUAUAGAAAUCGACAAAUAAAAAGGUGGCAAUCAAAAGAUUAACAGGAAUAUUCGAUGACGAGAUUGAUUGCAAAAGGAUAUUAAGAGAAAUUACUAUACUCAGAGAAUUAAAACAUCAAAACCUGAUUUAAAUCAUUGAGAUCUUGGACCCUACUGAUCCCAAAUUCGACACCAUCUACGUUGUAAUGGAAUAUGCACAGAGUGACUUAAAGAAAUUAUUCAAAUCACCAAUACACUUGUAGUUUUUACAUAUUUAAACUAUAAUUUACAAUAUAUGUGUGGGUCUUAAAUAUUUACAUUCAGCCAAAGUAUUACACAGAGAUCUGAAACCAGCCAAUGUGCUUUUGAAUGAAGAUUGCACUGUCAAAAUAUGCGAUUUUGGAUUAGCUCGAAGUGUGCAAGGAAUCGACUCCUCUGAUCAAGCCUUGGAAGAAGAAAUAGCCAGAUAAUAAGAGGAACCAAAAAAGAAAGAUGAGAAGAAAGGCCCAAGGAUGCUUUAAAAAUAAAACAAAUUAAAUGCAAAAGCCGUUAAGCGAGAAUUAACCGGCCAUGUUGUCACCCGUUGGUACAGAGCCCCUGAAGUGAUUUUACUAGAGAAAGAUUAUACUGCAGCUAUAGAUGUUUGGUCUGUAGGUUGUAUCUUCGCAGAGUUAUUAAACAUGAUGAAGGAGAAUGCACCAACAUUUCUAGACAGAGCUCCUCUAUUCCCAGGAACAAGUUGUUUUCCUUUGAGUCCAGAAAGAAGUGCAAUUGCCAAAAAGGGUGGAUUUCCAUAUUCUAACACUGAUCAAUUAACAGUCAUCUUCUCUGUGCUAGGCACUCCAGGAGAAAAGGAUAUGGACUUUGUAACUGACAAAAAGGCUAUAGAAUAUUUAAAGAGCUUCCCCAAGAAACCUAAAGUGGCCUUUGCUGAUAUUUUCCCUGGUGCCCCUCCUGAAGCUUUGGAUUUUCUAGAUAAGUGUCUUUAAUUUAGUCCAAAGUUGAGAAUUACUCUUGAUCUAGCUAUUGAGCACCCUAUGCUUUAAAAGGUAAGAGAUAAAAAGAAGGAAAUAGUCGCUCCAGGACCAAUCAUCUUAGAUUUUGAAUAAGAAGGAGAGUUGCAAAUUCCAAGAUUGAGAGAGUUAUUCUUAAGGGAAAUUUCAAAAUAUAAACGUUGA